UUGAAGCAUUUAAAGACUGAGCUUGUUAGCGAUUUGUGCAACUUUUCUUCAGUAGCUCAGCCGGACUGUGAUCUCACCAUGUUUUUCCACUGUAAACUGGUUGCACUGAUACUUGUGAUGACUCUUGAUGGUCAAGUGUAUACAGGGGAAAUCUACGGAGGCCAUGUGGCUGCGCCCCAUAGCAGGCCAUACAUGGUGCUUGUGGAGCAGCACAUGGAGAAUGGUACAACAAAAUACUGUUCUGGCUUCAUUCUGAAUGAGGAUUUUGUGAUGACUGCAGCCCAUUGUCAAGCCAACUCCUACAAAGUCUUACUAGGAGUUCAUAAUUUCAAAAAAACUAAUGAAAUACAGAAUAUAUCUGUGGGAGAAUCGUUUCCACACAAAGAAUACGAUCCAACUGGAUAUAAAAACGACAUAAUGCUUCUUAAGUUGAGCUCCAAGGCAAACUUCAACAACAAUGUGAGACCCAUUGCUCUCGCAGGCCAAGGUGAUGACUCUCUGCCAAAAUCAUGCAUCGUCUCUGGCUGGGGAAGGGUCUCCAGGAGCGAAAAAUUUAUGUCUGACUUGCUCAUGGAAGUCAAUGUAACACUAAUUGACAGUGAUCAGUUUGCCAAGGAAAAGUUGUACUGCUCUGAGGGAGAGACUGGACCAGCCGAAGGAGACUCUGGUGGUCCACUGGUCUGCGAAGAUGGAAAGGCGUACGGGGUGGUGUCCUUCACCUUCGAUCCAGAUUUAGAUGGACUGCCUAAACAUUGCUAUACUAAGAUACCUGACAACAGAAGCUGGAUCCAAUCAGCUAUGAAAACUGCAUGAAAAAUUUCUAAUGCAUGUAACACCUGAUUGAUCAGAUCACAACAUUUGAAUUUACAGUAUUUCAGGUAGUGUUUCACUGCAGGAAUUAAGUGGUGAUCAUUGAUCACCACUGAUUUUAAGUCUGGAUUUGCUUGCUUUACAUAGAUUUAAUCAAAAUAUGCUUUCCGUUGAUAAUACAAAAUGAUUCAAGUCUUUAUUUGGAAAGUUGAGUGAAAAGACUGAAAAUAUAUGAUACACAUAUACUUCUCUGUUGAA